ACGCUCUCUCCUCUCCUUCACCGAAGUCAAGUUCCGCCUCUACUCUACACCGGCCUCUCUUCCCCUUCAACGCCCUCGACGAUCCCUAUGAAGACCGUAUCGGCUUGCCUAUCCGGGUCUUAAAUGCUCUGCGGCUUCCGGAAUGGUUAACUGAGAUAUCGCACAUCUCGAAGCUCCGCAUACCGUUUCCCCCUUGGCUAGCCUCAGUCGCUUCUCCGGACGGCGUGCGUCGUCAUCGAACGGACACCGGCCUAUGAUCGCUCGUGUCUAUGGUCGACGGCAGCAUAAUUCAUCUCACCGCAAACCGGGCGUUCUUCUCACAGUCGCAUCACUUCCACAAUUGGCUCUCGGCGUUGACGCGCCGCUAUGCACCUUCGAGGUGCCGACCCCAAGCAGGGCUGGAUCUGCGCUGAUGCUCCGAGGAGGAAAGUUUGGACUACUCGGCACCGGCGGGCUCUGCUCCUCGAGUGCCAACGACGGUGGGGAUUCAGGGUUGCGUGCAUCAGGAAGAAGUGCCGCGACUCAGCUCCGGUUUUCGUAUGAUGUGCAAAGAACCCGGGAGUGGGAGCCGGAAGACGAUCGUCGAGAGCUUCAACGUCUUCGCCGGUCGGGCACUGACAGGAGGUGGGAAGCGAGUCAGGGCAGAGGAUGGCGAGGCGGUAAUUAAUCAUCGAGCGGUGUGAAUACAUGGUGUUCGGUACGGCUCGUGAAUGGUAUUACCCGUCGUUAGUCAGUCGUACCGUUGUCCUACACGGCUGUCGACUCGUCCACGAGAUAGACGAUCUUCGAUCGUACACCCGUCAUUGACCCGAAGCCUCACGGACACCUACCUAUCACUACGCAUGGCUGGCUCAUCCCGCAAGAGUGGUCACUACAUGGCGACGGCGAUGAUGAGACGAGGGACAGGUUAGCAGAUCUAGACAUCAGGUCUGUCUCUUGACUCCCGGGAAUCGGCGCCGUAGUCAUGAUAUCAAGCGGGAUUAGUUGGUGCCCAUCGGGGCGGAAUGUACGAUUCCUUUCGAUCUUAACAUGUAGGAUGUUAUACACCCACAGCAGCUUAUCGAGCAAUAAACAUCCUGGUCGUCCGCGACUUUGCGUUCUGUCGAUAUAAUUGCUCAUGGCCGAUCUUCAAGUCUCCAUAUCUAGGUACAAGGGCCCGCGUCUCCAUGCGUCAAGGCACACAGGA